GGCUUAGGGAAUAAAAAAAGAAAGAAAAUCCAUAUUCUUUUCCCUCGGACAAAAUAUGGAAGCCCUGAGAGCCUCGUAUGGAGAAACCUCAUCCGACUCCGAAAUUGAUUCGGACCCGACACAUUUACCCGAAUCGAAUAAACCAUCCUCUACUCUCCCUCUACCCCCUCUUGAUCUCCUUCGACCCUCAAAUUCGUCCGGUGCAUUUGAUUGCUCAUUACAAAACAAUCAUCUCAAUCGUGUCCGUAACUUUCCCCAUGUUGAAGGCAAUUUUGCUUUGCAUGUUUAUAUCCCUGUUAGUAUACCGUUGGUACCAAGAAAGGAGCUAUCCCUGUUUUUGAGAAGGGUCACAACUGUAGUACCCGGGCUUCAUGCGGUUGAUGUAGAUAUCCCGUUCAAUAAUUUGGCUCAUGAUGUCCGAAAAUUGGAGCAAGUUGUAUUGGGGAGGGAGUUUCAUGUAAGUUUGGGAAGAACUGUUCCGAUUCGAGUGCAUCAACGGGAAACCAUGGUCGGCAUGCUUCGCCAAAGGCUCCAUUCCCAGAGGAGGUAUUGGAUUGAUUUCAAUAAAUGGGAAGUUUUCGUCAAUGAUGAUCGUACCCGAACAUUUCUCUCAAUUGAAGUUACAACAAGAGGAUUAGCUGAGAUAAGAAAGCAAAUUCUAGCUGUAAACGAGGUUUACAGGCUACAUAAUCUACCAGAGUUUUAUAAGGAUCCACGCCCUCAUAUAUCUGUAGCUUGGGCUCUAGGUGAUAUCAGUGAUUCCCUGAAGAGAGUGAUUGAAGAGGAGACAAAGAGAUGCAUUACCAAUGGGGAAUUGUCGCAGAAGCACCUUUUUACAUGCAAAUUUAGUGUCAUUUCAUGUAAAAUAGGUAAGAAAGCCUUUGAGGUAUGCAAAGUUCAGGAAGAUCAGGGUUGAUACUCUGUCCACCGAUAUUGCUUGGAAAGAGAUGAAUAAAAGCAGUGACAUUGUGUAUGUGGCAUUUCAAAAGCUUUUAAGAUUUUUAGUGUAUUUAUGGACGGUACAAGUGAAAAUACGACAUUGGCUGUUGGGUUUUAUUUGACUAAUGAAAUUUGAAUGCUUAGCUGCUGUC